AUGUCCACCGAACGCCGCAUCAAGACGCUCAAGACGCGAAUCAAGAGUUUGACUGCGUCUCUCACGCUUAUCAAAACCUUCGUCGAUGGGUUUGACGAAGCGACGCAAUCUGACGAAAUUCCUGUACGGUUGGAAAGCCUCAGUAAGCUGUGGUCGGAUUACAACGAGGCACAAAGUGAACUAGAAUCACUCGAUGAAACUGCCCUCGAUGCCCACAUAAAAGAGCGAACGACAAUGGAGUCGUCUUAUUAUCGAAUCAAGGGAUUCUUGUUGGCCCAGAAUAAAGCUCCCUUAAAUCGAAGUGUGUCAUCUCUCCUUCAAUUAGAGGCGCAACUCCCUAUGUCCACUUCCCAAGUGCGUUUGCCAGACGUGAAACUCCCCGUGUUUGAUGGGAAACUGGAAAAUUGGCUUGUUUUCCACGAUCUAUAUGUUUCAUUGGUUCACUCGUCGACUGGUCUUUCCAAUAUCCAGAAGUAUUAUUACUUACGAUCUUCGCUCUCAAGUUCGGCCCUUCAACUCAUACAAUCGAUCCCGAUAAGUGCGGACAACUACACAGUGGCGUGGAAUUUACUCCUCAAGCAUUUCCAAAAUCCAUCGCGUCUAAAGCAGGCCUACGUCGAUGCACUAUUUGACUUCUCUGCCCUAAAACGCGAAUCGGUAACCGAUCUCCACAACUUGGUGGAAAAGUUCGAAGCUAACGUGAAGGUUCUACACCAGCUCGGUGAGCACACGGAACAUUGGGAUAUUCUGCUCAUUCGGAUGCUUAGUAUUCGUUUAGACUCAACUACUCGAAGGGAUUGGGAGGAGUACUCUUCUUCCAAGACGACGGUAAAGUUCAAAGACUUGGCCGAAUUCAUCCAGCGACGUGUCACAGUGCUUCAGUCCAUACAAGCAAAGAUAAUCGAAAUUCCGUCAUCAGCUCAAGUGAAAAAACCAGCAAUCCGUUCUGUCUCUAGCCACGGAGCGCAUCAGGGAAAUCCUCGAAAAUGUCUCGUCUGUUCGGAUCAUCAUCCUCUGUAUCUGUGUAGCACGUUCUCCAAGCUGUCCCCUGAAGAUAAGGAAAGGGAAAUACGUCGUCAUCAACUUUGCCGAAAUUGCCUGCGAAAGGGUCACCAAUCAAAAGAUUGCUCUUCAUCGUCCAAUUGCCGUAAGUGUCGGGGCCGUCAUCACACGCUGAUUUGUACCAACGACUCUUCGACACCAUCUGUCUCAAAGGCUGUUAAUCCCCAGCAAGCCAAGCACACCACAAGCCCGUCCGUCACCGAAACACCGACCAGUUCUGCGUCUGCAACAAUUCUCGAUUCCAUCAGCUGUGCAUCUUCUGGCUGUCAUCUGAAAACCGUCCUUCUAGCUACUGCGAUCGUCAUUCUCGUUGAUGAUAACGGAAUUGAGCACAUUGGCCGUGCUCUACUGGAUUCGGGUAGUGAGUGUUGUUUUAUCACGGAGCGAUUCUCUCAGCGAAUGAAGGCUCAACGACAGAAAAUCUAUUUGCCGAUAAGUGGCAUCGGACAAUCCAGCACACAGGCUAAGCAGAAAUUCACGUCGAUCAUCCGGUCUCGAAUCGGGGAAUAUUCGUCUUCCGUUGAACUUCUUGUUCUUCCCAGAGUCACCAUUGACUUACCAGUAACGUCCGUCGACACUUCGACAUGGCACUUACCUACCGGUAUCAAACUAGCAGAUCCAUCAUUCGACACCACCAACCCGAUCGACAUUAUACUUGGCGCUGAAAUAUUUUUCGAGCUGUUCCGAGUACCAGGUCGAAUCUCCCUUGGUAAACAUCUUCCGGUAUUAGUGAAUUCGGUCUUCGGUUGGGUCGUUUCUGGAAAAUCUACUGCAAACACAUGUCGUCCUCCUGUUGUUGCCAACAUUGCUACGAUCGCCGAUAUCCAUCGGCUUAUGGAAAGGUUUUGGACCAUCGAAGAAGAUCGCUCAUCCACAGCGUAUUCCAUCGAAGAGCAAGCCUGUGAGGAUCACUUCACCAGCACCGUGUCACGAACCGCCGAAGGAAGAUACCAGGUUCGCCUGCCGUUCAAACAGAACGUCCUCGAUCAACUAAGUGACAAUCGUCGUACUACAGUUCGCCGUUUUCAUCUUCUGCAAAAUCGGUUCUUUCACAACCCUGACCUUCAUUGCCAGUACAAGAUGUUUAUCGACGAGUACCACGCUCUUGGCCACAUGCAGCGUAUACACGACUACGAAGAUCCAUCAGUUAAACGUUUCUACCUCCCGCACCACGCUGUAUUGCGUGAAGAUAGCUCUACGACAAAACUGCGGGUUGUUUUUGAUGCAUCUUGCAAGUCUCCGACGGGACCAUCGUUGAAUGACGCCCUCAUGGUUGGGCCAACGGUGCAAGAAGACAUCCGAUCGAUUACUAUGCGCUCACGAAAACACCGAAUCAUGAUAGUUGCCGAUAUAAAAAUGAUGUACCGGCAAGUGCUCGUAGACCCGCGAGACACGUCUGUCCAACUCAUUGUAUGGAAGUCUUCUCCAGACCAACCGAUGGAAACGUACGAAUUGAAAAUAGUGACGUACGGUACUGCUAGCGCUCCAUUUCUAGCCACCAGGGUGCUGAACCAGCUGGCCGAGGAUGAAGGAUCAAACUUUCCUCUAGCCGCAUCUCAAAGGCUGGAUUUCAGUUACGGAAAUGGGCAUCAAACGAUAGAACCGUACUCGAAGGGAUUCCUUCAGAAAAUCUUGCCUUGA